CGGAAACUCUUCUGCGUAAGAAGGAGAAAAGAGUUGUCGACGUUGUUUCGUUUGCGCCGUCUGCCACACAGUUGCUUCGACUUACAUGUUGCGGAACAAUGUGGUGUUUUAUGUGCAUUGACCUUGUGCAGAAGUAUAUGUGUGCCUUCGCACAUUCCCAACGCUUGCGAUUAUCAAUAUUUCAAGUGGCAAUGAUUUCUGCGCGUUAACAGUUCACAAGGACAAAUAUGGAUUCACCCGAAUCGUGUGAGAAUGCCAGUUUUGACGACUCUGACUGCAAAAGUAUGUCCGACAUUGUCGAGUCCACUGUGAACGACUCAAAGAAAGACAAGUUGUGUUUGGUGUGUGGUGAUAAAGCACUGGGCUACAACUUCAAUGCUGUUUCUUGCGAGUCUUGCAAAGCUUUUUUCCGCAGAAAUGCCCACAAGACUCUCCGUGGAAGAUGUGAAGGCAAGUGCAAUGUAAAUGUAGAGUCUCGUGCUUUCUGCAAACGCUGUCGAUUGGCAAAAUGUUUCAGUGUUGGGAUGAGGAAAGAAAUGAUACUUAAUGAUGAACAGAAGGAGAUGCGCAAGCAAAAGAUAAUUUUCAACAAACUUAGACGACAAGGGCAGAUGCCACCACAAGAUACAUACUCAUCCUCACCACGUGACCUGGAUCCAACUUCUACAGUCACUUCUGAUUGUCGGACAUCAAAGCUAGGGAGUUUGAAGCUACAAGGACUGUUCAGAAAGCGAGAGAAUUCCUUAUCACAAGGUUCUUCUUCGCCCAGCUCAAGCCCUGGAUCUGGCAAAGAACUGUUGUGUCCAUCCUGGUUGGAAUCUCAGGAGCAGGUAGCAGAAGUGCUUAGCCAGAUUGAUGAUAAGCACCGGCACUUGAUAGAGGAGGUACAGUUUGCGAUGGAGGAAUCGUCAUUCUUAGCGACUACCAGCACGUCUCUCAAAGCACUGCCAACGAACCCUACUGAGUUUAUCAAUGUAGCUGAAUGUUUCGUGAGAAAACUGAUAAAGGUGGCAAAGCACAUUCUGGCAUUCAGGACUCUCAACAAGGAUGACCAGAUUGCCUUGCUGAAGGGAGCAGUGGUAGACAUCAUGAUGCUGCGUUCUGCUGUGAAUUACAACCCAUUCACUGAAACCUGGAGCCUCAGCACCUUGGAGUGCCUCACAAGGAGGCCUUCAGUAGACGCAGAAUGUGGCACCAGCAUGGAUGUGUCUGAUAGUGCCUCCUCAUCCCAAGCUAGACUCAGUGCUGAACUGCUGAAGAAGGGGAGCCCAGAAACGGACUUGUUCAUGACAUAUUCAAAGUUUAUCAAGUCACUGAUGUGCAACAUUCGUGGAGAUCUCAUCAUUUUAAAACUGUUGAUUAUGAUGUCCUUCUUUUCGGCUGACCGCUCCACAUUAGUAGAACGCGACAAAGUGCAGAAAGUCCAGGAGGACUAUGCCACGGCAUUGCAGGCAUAUGCUGGGCUACGUUUCGCAGAGGAUCACACGCUUUUUGCGCGACUAAUCAUGAAACUGACAGACUUAAGAAACAUCAACGAAGUUCACACACAAAUGCUGCUCAGGAUGAAAAUUGAUGCCAUUGAGCCGCUUCUACUGGAAAUUUUUGACUUGCCGGUAUGAGGCAACAAAUUUUCUCCCUGAACAAAAGACACAGCCUACAUGAGGUUGCAGCCGUGAAAGCAGUGGACAACAAGUUGUGAUGUGUAGAUGACAGAGCACUGUGUGUAUUGCUCUGUCUGCAUUUUGAGAGUUGAUUUACUGGUGAAAAGCUGGAGAAUUGUUGAAAGGACAUGAGAAACAGUUCUGUCAAGGUACUCGGCAUGCUUCUUUCUUCGGGAACUUGUGAGUGUUACCGGUGAGAAGUGGAAGGUGUGUAUAAAUGAAGAGAUAGAGGAGAAUGUCAUACCAGUGCAUUGCCCAAUGCUUUUACUGCUGUUCUAGUAUUUUUCAGUGGGAUGCUGAUCUAUAGAAAAAGGGCAUGAUUUUCUCAACAAAAUCACUUUAUCAGAUAUCAGUUUGUAAAUAUUGUGGACACACAAGGCAGUGUAUGACAAGAAAGAGAGAUGUGCGUGUGUGUGUGUGUGUGGUGUUGGAAAUUGAAGUAGGCCAUGAAUGAAUGAGUACAAAAGAACUGCAGAAUACUUGAAUCACUGCAAGGAAAGAAUGGAUGAACGAAAUAGUGAAUAUCCUCAAGAAUAAAUGUAUCCUAAAAUGGAAAUGAUUGCGCCAGUAAUCACAGCAGCACUUAUUCUGUACAGAUUAAUUUUGUGCUUUUGACAGUCACUAGAACUUCCUUUCAAAUACAAAGCCUCUUGUUCUAUAAAAGAUUGUCACAGUCAGAGAUUUUAAUAAAUACUAGUUGUGGGAUAUUAAAUACUUCAAGCUUAACUGAACCACAGUCUUAAAUAUGAAACAAAAUGCUUCCACCACAUUAAACAUCUGAACACAGCUAUGAGUGUGAAAUAAGACACUGAAUCUCUUUUGGGUUACUACUUUUCAGCCUGCAAUGGUUCUUUGUUAAGAUGACCCUGGGAUGAAAGGGAAAAAGCAAGCCUAGAUGUCAUUCUUCAAGUGCUGUGAUCAUGAAGCUUGAAGUUUCUGAGUCUUGGGUAGUCACUUGUUCAGAACCUUUAAAGGCCUGUUAGGGGGCAUUAGUUAUCCUGGCAAUAAUUAUGCCUCUGGCUCUACAACUGCUGUGCUGCUGAUUUUUGGGGAACUUGGAUAGUGGGUGGGGUGGAUAUCUGUCAGAUAUUCAAGAUCAGUCAGUUGAGUGGGCCCCAUUGUACAACUGUGUUGCCAGUUUUCCUGUACUGCAUUUCAACCCAGUGUUAGUGAUGAGAACACCUAAUGUGUGGCAUCAAGUUGGCAGUAUAUGUGUACACCCGGUGGUGGUGGUGAGAAUACCUAAAGUGUCGUCACAUUGGCAGUAUAUGUGUACCACCUCAACCCCACCUCCCCCUCGGUUGAUGGCAGUGAUCUGUUUUGUGUUCUGUUUUGUCAUAUCAGAUAUGCUUUUUUAGUCUAAAGCAUAAUAGAUAUAUUAUGCAUGCUCCAUGAUUUUAUAUAAUCACUAUGGUUUUCCAGUGAUAACAUUUUGAUUCUCUAAUACCCAUAAAUGAGCACGUUCUCAGGGUACAUUCUUUGUAGUAUUUUAGUACAGUGCCACUUAUACCACUACAGUGUACAUUGCACAAAGGGCAUCUUGGUAUAUUAUCAGUAGAUUUGCAUGCCCUGCCAGACAAGGUCCAUCAAGGGACCCAUCUGCUGUCUUCAGAGAGUUUAACCUGUGUGAAGCUGCAUGCCUUAUGCUGUGGUUAAAAGCUUGUCCUGCAGACUCAGUUGAAGGCCUGCACCCAUUUCAACAGUGUUAGCUUGUUGCUGCUUUCAGAGUGUGGAUUUAACCUCUUAAAGACUUCAGGUCUGUGAGCUCUGCCCAAAGGCAUGCUUCACGUGGACUGUGCAUACUAUUUCUCCAUCCUGUGUACAAGUGUAGGUAAAAAUUGUAAUCUAUUUUUGAAUCUGUGCAUCUUGAAGAUUGAUACUUAUAAACUAAUGGAGUUUGCCUUAUGCUUUUCACCGGCCAUUUGCUCAGAAGAUUAAAAAGUCUAAAGAAUGUUAAGGUUGUGUGGGUUUGUUUACAAUCCUGUAAUGUGUUAUAUAAAAUAAAGCUGUUUAUAGUUACUUUUUUCGGGACAUUAUCAGAGGUCCUCUUGUUAAGUGUUCUUGCUUCACUUGAUCUUAGAGAAGACAUUUGUCGAUGAUUGUGCAAUGCUACUGUUGCUGUUGGUUUUUGUAAUGGUGAUAUUGCCGGUGAACGUGUUCUAUGAAUUGCAGUGCCUACAGUUUCCUAACGAAAGGAUGAAUCGGAAUUGACAUCGUUUUAUGAAGAGUACCUCAUGCAUAUAUCAUUCCCAAAAGCAUUCCUUGGGAAUACAUAAAAAGGCUCAGCUUGAAAAGUUAUUUACUAUUAUUAUUAUAGUAAUUAAUAUUAUUAUUCCUCUUGUAGAUAUUGGGCAAUUUAGAGAAAUGAAAGUUACAGACUAACAUAUAUAACCUUAAGUGUGUUUUUGUGUAAACAGAUAUCUGCUAAGAUAUAUAUAUGUCGUUUGUGCCAUGGUAGCAUUUAUUUGUUGUGUUUCACUAUUGUGCAUGAACUGGUGAUUUUACUAUAAGUGUAAUAAAGAAAAUUCAUCGUAGAGUUGCAUAUUACAUGAAAUCAUUUAUCCGAGAACAUACUCUUCACCAAAUUGCGUGCUUCAACAGAAUCAUUAACAUAUUCCAGCUACCAUAUUUGAUAUUAGCAAUAGUCCUGUUGCAUUUUCGUUGUUACAGGAUGAGUGAAGUAUAUCAUUAAGCAAAUCUGAAUGUUCUUGGAUUUUAAAGACCAUCAAAUUAUUUUGGUUCAAAAAGGUAUGCUGACUACUAGUUUAUGUAAGUGAUUUUUAGCCUCAUCUACUCAUUUACAAAGCCUCAGCUUUGAUUAAUUUUUUUUUUAAAUUGUAUCAAUGGCAUCUUUGGUUGGCAAGUUUACAUGUUGUAACAGAUAUCAUUAACAGAUUGUACAGUGAAGAAAUUGUGUUGAACUAUCAGAAUUUACUGAAAGAAGACACUAAUCAAACCAUUAUAAAGAAAGUACAGUAUGGUCUUGAUUACCAGUCAAGUAUCAUUUUGAUAGUCUGUAUACCAUCUAUAGCUUAUCUUUCAAUUUAUUUCAAACAUUUAGCUUUAAAACAUUGUUUUAAUUGCUCAAAUCACUUUCAAGAGUUAGCACUAAAACCAUCUUUAACAUUCUGAAGACAAACCACUUAAGUAUCUGCAUAAAAAUUAUGCAAUUCAUAUUUUUUUUAACAACAGGCAGGGCUGUUGAAACUGGUAUAUCAUAAUGUCACCAUCAUCUUAAAUUAGCAAAGUAACAUAUAAAAGAUCUUUGGUGGAUUAGACAGGCAUAGAACACAAAGUGCAGAAACUGCACCACUUAAAAGAGUUAGAAGAAGAAACAAAUGCAAAAAGUUUGUGAAUUUUUUUCCAAGCACUGUUGCUAAACAUUAUUAUGUCUGCAGUUUUUAUUUUCAUAGUUAUAUUGUACAAUAAUUUAGUACUUAAUUUAAUUCUUUCUAUUCACAUUAUCCAACAUUUUUUAUUUAGCUAUUGUCCUUUGUAUUUAUAGGUAAUAAUCAAGACUCUGCAAUAUGUUGAACUAUAUAUAUCAAAUCUGUUACAGUAGUCGAAGACAGAAAAGUAAAAGCUAUAGCAAUAGAGUUAAUGAGGUGCUGGUUACUGUUGUUGGUUACUUUUGGCCUUAACACUUAUCCUGGCAUAACUGUUCUAGCAGUGCUUGCACCUAGCAUUGGGCUUUUGGUCACAUGUUCAGACAUUGGUGACUGUUUGCUGUUUAUUGAGUGUUGUUUGCAAUUUUUUAGCUUUUGUGUAUGUGAUGGUUGAUACUGCAAAUGUGGCUUGUGGUUCUGAAUUAUGCUUCUGUUUUGUCAUAGGUUUUAUCUGAUGUGCUGAGAUUUCAAAUCUAACUUUGAGUUAUUGUGUUUGAUUACUUGAAAAAUGUAUCUCUGAACACGAAUGCAUGGUUAAUUUUGACCAUCAUAUUACAGAUAUUUUUGCCUGCUAGAGAGUAAAUCCUCUGUGAUCGGUUUGCCUGUGUCUCAGUUUAAAAGGUGGUCACUUGUAAUCAGCAUGUCUAUUCCACAGCUUCUAGGAUAAGGAGUUGCCUGUUGUCAUGCCAUACUUUGUAGGAUAACAGUUUGUGUGCGAUCAGCUUGCCUGUGGGAUAUUCAGCCACUUGUAAGCAUUUUCAUGUCACUUUUCCUGUAGGAUGGUCAUUAAUGAUAACCUUCCCUCUGGUCUUGCCUUUAGGAUAGAAAGUCACCUGUGAUCAGCCUGCUGGGAGUUUAGUCAGCCACUUGCCUAUGGUCUGUGUACAUGCUUUAGCCUCUACAAUAAUCUGUCAGUUGUGGUCUGUUUGAAGGAGAAUUAAUUGCAACCAUCAUGUUUAUACCAUAUACCAUUUUAUAUCAUAAUCACUUCGCAUGAGAUUGGCCGUAUGUUAGCCAUGAAGACAAUGUUUCAUUUGUGAUUUGUGAUCAGUUUGACUAUACCCUAAGCCUAAACCCUCAGAUAGGCUAGCUCAGGUCAUCGUUUUCAAAGUAAGAAUUUGGUAUGGAAUGCAUGGUGUUCUUGUUUGCAUACCUGUGGAAUGGACUAGAGAUGGAUGCACCCUCAUCUGCAUUGAAUGGGAAGAUAAAUUGUUUUUCAAGAAACUGCUGCUGCUGGGCAAUGGAAUCUGCUUCUUUUUUUUUUGUGAAGAUGGAAAAUCAGACUGACCCUGGGCUUUACAUGAGCAUCAUCCAUACACAUUCUGCAUCUUGGUGACCUUGAAAACCAAAGGAUAUGCAGUGAUACAUUCCUGCACAUGGUGGGCUCUUAGCAGGUCAGAAUUCCCCAUAUACAUCAUUGAUGCUUCAGAAUUAAUGCCUUUAGAACAGCAAAGCUGACCAAGGAAUUCCAGCAUUGUCUUUUGCUCUCUUCUGAAUAUCUUAUUUGAGUGUUGUGUGACUUCUUGUUUUCUGUGUCACAGGCUUUUAUAAACCACUGGGUGAUAAACUUCCUUUCAUGCGCUCUGCACAUUUUUGUGAAUUGGAAGGAGCCACAUAACAGAGCAUCUUAGGGUAGUAAAAGCUAAUGUUGCCAACUACAGGCUUCAUUGGCAGUUAAUUGUGUCCUUAGCAAAGGGCCACAUUUCCAUAGUUUCUUUACUUUUUUUGCUCACCUGGCAGAAAAAAAAAUUAUGAAAAUCAAAUGGUUUUUAAUCCAUUCUGAACAUGAAGUCUAACCCCCAAUCUUGAAGUAGGAGACUUGUAGACCUUAUUUUCCUGUGAAUUUUCUGCAGACAGCCUUCCCACCCCAUUUCUCUCUCAUUCCUCCCCUUUUUUACCUGCCCAAGUUUCAUUGAUCUGCCAUUUCUUCCAGGAAAUGAGUAUGGUGCUCUAUAUUUGUGGGUAUCUUUUGCUUUCUGUAAGUUUUCUAUCUUGUCUUUGGCAUCAUUGUAAUUUAUUGGACCACUCACAUGUAUGAUAUGUAAGUAAAACUCUGGCCAUGACAGCUGCAGCAGCCUUUGAAACUGAUCAUAUUAAACCAUUGUGUGAACUGUGAUCUGAUGGAGAGUUACAUCUUUUGUGUUCUAGGUUUUUCAAGUUGAGGCCCUCUUGUUAAAUUCAUCUCAUGUCGAUGUUAUUUUUGAAAAAAAGACAUUUCAUUUUUCCUAUGAUGAAAAGGAAAGAACUUGUUUAUUCAGAAGGAUGUGUCUAUGAAUUUUGAAGUAGAUGUGUUAAAAGCAUCUAGUUAUUUGUUGUUUAUGUGGAAACACAUUUAUUUGAGAGUUGGCUGAUUUUUUAUAAUGAAGAUCACAAUGCAGAAUGAACAUACCUGCAACAUUUCAGGAAAUGUGUAAGAGAAAUGUUUACUUCACUAGUUAUUGAAAUGAUAUUAAAAUUUAAAGCAUCUGGAAACUAAUUUAAAUAAAAUUAUGUGAACAAUUUCCAUUUUUUAUAAACUAUAAGAUUCAUGAGAUGAAUUAAAAAUAGGAACACAGGACCCCCACUAAACCAGAAACUGUUGGCUUUAUUUGUGAUUGGAUAAUGAAGAAAAUGAAAGAUACAGAGAGAUAUAUGCCAUUAUUUUUAUUUUCUAUGAUUGGUAAAUUAUAAACUGUGCACAAGACAUGAUUUUAACUGUUGACACCAUAUUCAUCCUAAGGAGUUGUUUUACGCUUUCUGUAGUUGAAUACAUUUGUGUGCUGUAGAAUCGUUCUGGAAGUAUGCCCUUUAUUUUAUUGGUUAUUCAUGUAUCAAGAUUUAUUUUAUUUACAGAAUCCUAAAAUGUGUGAAGAUAACGUUCAUCAAAUAUUGAUGCUACCCAGUGCAUUAUAUUAGCUUUACACAUUCAGCAUGAGAGCAUUCAGUUGUAGUCCACUAUUUUAUCAAUAGCUAGAAAAGCAUGUUUUCAUAUUCAGAUACUUUCUUCAGAUGUUGUAUAGAGAUAUGCAGUUAAUGUGUUAAAUAAUGUGCUUUAUUAGUUGUGAUAGUAAUUUCUGUUCGGUAGGCCCUGAGACACACACAAAAAUCUGUCUAAGAGAAAGUGGUUUGAGGCAAAACUGUUGACAUGCAAUAUUACACAGAGGAAUUGGCAUUUUGUAGCUACUGGUUUGUAAAAAGGAAUUAUUUUGCUUAGGGCAGAAUGUGUACAUUCUGUUUUUGUGUCAUGAACAAUUCUGUUAGCACACCUCCUAAUGGUGGCUGCUUGAGAUUUCCAUGUUCAAUAUUUGUAUUCCUCAGCAUGCAGGCAAAGAGAGACACUAAACACACAAUACUAGUUGCUUAGCUUGUUGAGUUUUUCAAACCUGAAUUAAAAAAUAUUUUAAUAGUG